AUAUAUAUGGGUUCUUGGCGACCCAAAGGGCUGAUCUUUUGUGAAAUUGAUUUAAGUUGGGAUUGAUAAAAAGGUGUUUGACAAAAUUAUUGGCGUGGGUUUGUGUUUUUUGUUAUUUCUUAUCUAACUCUGAUAGUUGCUUUACUGUUUGGAAAUACAGUUUGGGGUUUUUUUUUGAGUUGGAGAUUGAGGGAAUGGAUUCUGACAAUGAACUAGGUUACAAACCUCCUCCAGAGUUUCAAGUGGAGGCUGCCAAGGAACCACUUAUCGACCCUAGUUCGACGGACUCCAAAGAACUUUGGCUCAUUCAGUGGCCUAAUAGUAAAGAACUUCCUGGAUUGGAUGGGCAAGAACUGUCACUCAAACUUCAUCAUGAUGGAAAGUUGGGCAGUUUUGAGGAUUCAUCUGGAAAAGUUUUUGAUCUUGUUAGCUUUGCGGCUCAAGAGUCAAAUGCAACAGUUUUUCUUUCCUCUGAAUCAGAGUCAAAAAUUGUUGGGAAGAUUUCACGGCUGGUUUCCCUUGUCCAUUAUCCAGAUCCUAAUGAAAGUCAAAAACCCAUUUCCAGUAACUUGAGACAUUUUCAGAAAUCUAGGGGAAUUUCACUGACAAAUUCAUCCCGUCAAUUUUCUACACAAAGUACCCUGCUUAGAAACUCACAAUCGACAAGUGGAUAUUCGGGUUCCACACACAAUAGCAGACGGAGAAGUUGCUUAUCUGAAGAAGGGGAGCCAUCAAAGCCUCUUAAAAGAAGACGUGCGCGUGAUUCUACUGGGUCUGCAGAGCGUUCUACUCGAGACUCAGAGCGAGGUCAUAGUGCAGUUACUUCAUAAGGGUCCUGUUUAAAAUAAAUGAAAGAAGAUAGUCGAAAAUGAAGAGCAAGGUGCCCUCCUUGUCGCCUUCAUUAAUGAUUUAUCUUCAAAUAUGCAAAAUGAGUUUUCGUUUUUUGGCAAGUGAACGUGCUAAUAAAUCAUCAAUGCCUCACUGGCAUUCAUGAUUUACAAAUUUUCUAGUUCAUUUUGUAGUCUUGGAAUGGGAGUUCCGGAAUCAUUGAGAAAAUUGCAGAGAGAGCUGAUGAAAGAAAAACUAGAUAUUUUCUGCCGUUUGAUUUUUGGCUCAUGUUAUGCACUGGAACUAUAAUUUGACAUU